ACCCAUUCCCUGCAACUUAUACUUUAGCAGCUUGCCUUUCCUUGCUCUUGUGGAUCUUCAAAAACUUUCUUCACAAUUUUUUGCUCUUCAACCAAAAAGGCUCUGAUGAUCCUUUCGCGGACGGCAGAACCUACGGCACCUAGGCAGUCUGGACCUCUUGUACUCAGCAGGUCUCAAGUGGGGAAUCCCUUGGAUUCUCUUUCCAGUUACAGGGCACUUGUGGCCAUUAGCCCUCUUCUUAUGUCUCUGAUACACAAGCUUCCCACCUGGGGUUUUGACGAUCCUGUGCUUGUUGGACUUAGUGGCAUAGCUGUGCCUUAGUCAACUUUUUUAUUUUCUAAAUAUGACUUAAUAAUGACCUUGUGGAGGAAUAAUGUCCAGUAAUGAUGAACAUUUAUUUGAAUAAUGACUACUUCAUAAU